AUGCUCACGCCACCCACUUCCGGCACCACCACUGACUUUCCCGUGCUGGAGGUGCCCGUGCUGCUCCAAAUCAAACAAUUGCACCAGUUGAUGGAAGACCACCACGCGCUUAUCGACCAGCGCCUAGAGGCCUUGCAGGCGCUAGGCGCCAGAAUGGAGUCGUUGCGCCCUUCCACCGUCCUGGAAGAUGCCCUGCCGCUCGGAAUGGCCCACUACAAGUUGACAGACUUCUUGGUCAAGCUAGAACGCCAGUUGGAGCCGCCCAAGCCUCCACCCCACGAUGCCUACUCGGCAUCGCCCCACGACUUGAAGCGCAACAGGAGGAGAAACAACGGCUCUGCGGCCAACGACAGUUUCCGCUACGACCACAGCCCCUACCAGCACACCGAGCGGGACCAAUCCAUCAACAACACCUACGAGUCUCUUACCUCGGAUCGCGACGCUAGCACUCCUGGCGAGGCGGUGGCGUUGUUGCAGACGUACUUGGACUCGAUCUUGAACAUCAUAAAGCCCAAUCUCAAGAACAACUUCUGUGAGGUGGUGGAGGCUACUGGCGAGUUGGUGGCUGCGACGCCCAUGAACACCGUGAACGAGAAUAACAUGAACGAGUUGAUUUCGCUGAUCGAGAGCACGAUCGGGGCAUUCACCAUCUAG